CUUGAAAUCAACCUUCUUGCUUUAUCAGUGGGCAAGAAACCGGUUCAUCAGUCAUACGAGCUGGACACAGCUAGCUAUACGACGGACUCAAAUGUUACAUGAGUGACAGCUAGCUAACGCGUUAGCGAUGAUCGUGGUUUUAUUGUUUGCCCUGUCAACCGUUAUUUUUAGCCAGCUAACGUUAACUUUUGUAUAUUCUGUCAAUCAUUGAGAUCAACCCAAAUGGCAGAGAACUGGCAGGACGCGACCAGUCAACAGGUCAAGUUGAUAGCAGGUCGCCUGAAUGAGCUUCUUUCCACUGGCCUAGACCUCUUGCACUCAGAACUCGGGGUGGAUUUUGGAGUGAAGCCCGAGAUUCCGCCAUGGUUGAUCUUCUUAGCAGCGUGCAUUGGGCUCGUGCUAAUGGUGGCUAUGUGGGCCUCCGCAUGUCGCGGGCUCUUAAAGAAGCGACCGACCAUAAUUGAAGUUGAGACCGUUGAAAGCACUAAACUAGCUCCUAUCAAGGUGGCAAAAGCAGAGGAACCGAAAAAAAAGAAAAGAAAACCUACAGAAAAGAAAUCACAGCCAAAUGGUAGUGUAGUUGCUGAGCUACAAGAGGAAGUCAGAGCGACUGAAGAAGACAACCUGCCAGUAGUGCCACAUCAUUCUCCUCAAAUCAAGACAGAAAAGGCUUCUGAGGUAAAGAAGACUAAGAAGAAGCCUAAACAGGCAGUAAAGGAGGCUAAGACGGCUUCUUCUCAUGGCAAGGAAUCAGAGGAAGUAUCAGGCACCUGGGAGACCAAGAUCAGUAACAAGGAGAAGCGUGAGCAGCGCCGUAAAGACAAGACCACUGGUGACGGGUCAGGGAGCCCUGGAGGAGUGGAUCCUCUGCAUAGUACUCCUCCCACAGAGUCAACCAAGGCCAGCCCUAAAGCUGCAGCCCCUGGGUCUUGCUCUGAGAAGAAAGAAAAGAAGAAAGGAGAAUCCUCCAAAACCAAAGCUGAGAAAGCAGAUGCUGCUGUUGCCGAAGUCAGACCUCAAGCUAUCAGCAGUGAGGAGGCUCCGGUAGUGACUGGAGAACGGCCUGACCUGGCUGUGACAGCCCAAGAGGCCCCAGCCCUUACCAUUGUUCCUGAUGAGGGGCACUGGACCACUUCUGAGAGCAACCAAGACACCGCUGUCUGGGGGCAGGAGACUGAAGAACCCCAGCUGCUGUGUCCCAGCCAGCCUAAGCCCCAAGUGGAAGACGAGUCGUCUGGUCUGAAUGGUGAAGGGUCUGCUGAUGCAGCGGACGGGGGCUCUGCCUGGAAUAACCCAGGGGAGGGGUGGGGGAACUAUGGGGAACUCCCUGCUCCAGUAGGGGCUGCCCUCGAGGAGCCCCUGCCAGAGACAGUCAAGCAGGUAUCUGAUGAAGAGAGAGAAACUGCUGAGCCUGCCGCUGAUGGAACUGGUAAAUCUAAGAAGAAGAAGAAGAAGAAGAAGAAGCCAGCUGAAGAUGCUGUAGUUACUGGCCAGGAGUCAGAGGAGCCAAGUAAAAAGGUUGUUACUGAGGCCAAGGUGAAGAAGCAGCCAAUCCAGGAGCCUGCUGCUCCUACUGUCCAGGCUGUCAACGCUGCUGCUGUGAAGGCAAGAGUGGAGCAACCAGUGGUGGUUCAGAACACAGCCCCCAUCACACAAGUGCCACCCCAACCCGCAGAGACAAAGCCUACUGCCAAGCAGAACAGUUUACCUGCUCCAACACAUAAAAAACCUGAAGAGAGCCAGCCUUCCAAACCAGUGAUGAAGAAGAAGCGGGCAAGAAGAGAAACAUGAAUUGGAGUCAUGAACAUGAAGUGUAAUGCAAAAUACUUUGGAUAAAACAACAGCUGUUCAUCCUGUUUGUGCAACAUUUAAAUCCUUGCCCUUUUAAAUUUUUUAAAAAAAACGGCCAUCUUCAUGUCCAAAAUGCAGCCUGGUCAAGCAGACUGGAUCUAGAUUAACUGUAAAGCUAAAUUCUGCGAUUCUGAUCAAUAUCGUAGUGUGGGCACACAUGAAAACUGUUUUCCAAUUCCAAUGAAUCUUUCGAACGAUCAUGUUUGAAUAGACAUCUAGAAAAUGACUAAUAAAUCCUGAUUUAAUAGUGAUUGGGAUGUUGUGGCUUUGAGAUUAAUAUUAUAGAGGAAGGGUCAGCUGAGUCACGUUAACAUUACAGGCCUUUAUUCUGCAGUCUUUGUUUGCUGUUUAUAUCGUUAACCAUAUUGGUGCAGUGACUCAUACUCAAAAGGUCAAGUCCAACACUAUAGGGUUGUGUUCAAUAGGACACAUGGUAGCAAACCGCUUUGAAAGGGAUAAACUAAAUAAGCGAUUGCUAUCUGACAAGUUCAGGUAGUCCUCCCCGUUUCAGUCCAUGUCGUAGUGUUUGGUGCCUAAUGAACACGACCCAAGAGAAUCAUGUUUAGCAUUUGGAUGCAGGUGGUGUUAGUGGUAUCUCUGCUGUACAUGGAAAAGAGACAUACUUUCAGUUACUUGCUGUUAUUUUGACCAUCAGUGUUGUGCUCAGAUGUGUAGUUGCUUCUACCAUUGAUGGCUGUGUUGUCCUGUCCACCCGUGGUUGAUGAUUCAAAAGUCCUAUACCUUUUGUAACCUCUUUGUAAUAAAAACGCUUCAAGCCAUAUGUAAAAAUAAUACAAAAUAAAGGCCCUUUUCUAUUUUA